AUGGCGCCGACCGUUGAAAUCGCCAUUCCAACUGCUACCCUGUCGAGCACCUCUCCGCCUCAUACCGUCUACCAUAUCACCCUACGUCUCCCACUCCGCUCGUUCACCGUCUCCAAGCGUUACUCCGACUUCUCCGCUUUCCACAGCGCUUUAGUCAAUCAGACCAACGCACAGCCUCCAGUGCCACUUCCUUCGAAGUCGUGGUUCUCGAACACCAACUCGAACCCACGUUUCCGCGAAGAGCGCCGCAUCGGCUUGGAGGAGUAUCUUCGUGCGAUCAACGAGGCGCCCGAUAGCCGGUGGCGUAACUCGUCGGCCUGGCGAGCAUUCCUGAACCUUCCGACCGCCGCUGCGGCCUCCACAUCCAAUGGUACAAGCAAUACGUCUGCGCGUCUCCAUGCCGCUAUCACAGACCCCAGCUCCACGAACGCCCCGAUCACCGAUCCGACGCUAUGGCUCGACUACUACCGCGACAUGAAAGCCCACCUCCACGACUCGCGGCUCCAGCUCUCCCGUCGUGACCAAGAGACCACACCUCAAAAACAACAUGAAAGUUCCGCACAGGCAAAGAGUAGCCUCGUUCGUGCAGGGUCUAUGAUAACCACAUUGGAAGAAGGCCUGAAGCAUCUCAGUGGCCGCGGAGCGCAAGCCGGCGAGUCGAGCGCAUCGUCCAGCCUCGGCGAUGGCGAAAUCCGUCGCCGUAAGGACCUACUCAUCAACGCACGCAAAGAAAAGGAUGGACUGGAGGACCUGCUGCACGCCAUGGCAACGAAGACCAAGCUCGACCACGCCGUGGCCUCGAUGCAGGAUAAAGAUGCGCUGCUGCGUGGUGGGAACGAUUCUUCAAGCGAGGGACGCAGGACCCCCGCACGAUCCGGACGAGUUCUUGGCAAGGAAACAGAACGCACGCGCGAGCUUGGUAAUGACGGCGUCCUGCAGCUGCAGCGGCAGAUGAUGCAGAGCCAGGAUCAGAAUGUUGAUGAGCUUUUGAAGAUCAUUAUUCGCCAGCGGGAGCUGGGCACGGCUAUACAUGAGGAGCUGGAGGUGCAAAAUGAGUUGUUGAAGUUGGCGGAUGAGGAUACUGAUCGACUGCAAUCCAAGCUCGAUGUCGGCAAGAAGCGCAUCGGCAAGAUCUCAUAA